AGCUCCCGACUUGUUAAGAAAAUGGCGGUGGGAAGCGAUCCUUUCUGAAAGUCACGCCCACUCUUCCCACCCUCCUUCGUCGCCCAUAGGAAGAAGAAAGGGAACAACGCCGCAAGGAACGAAUUUACCGAAUGGAUCGGCUGGCGCCGCUCCCGAUCUCUCCCCGCAGCCUCCACACCCGCUGCCCUCCGCCAUCCCAUUCGAUCUUGUCGCAGAUUUCCCAGACUCCUCGCCUCACAGGGACUCCCAAGAAGCGGAAGCCCCUGAAUCGCUCCUCCCCUGCUCUCUCCAUCUCCCGUCGAUCGACGGCUGCUAGAGUAGGCUCCGCAACCGGCGACGACUCCGUCGCUCCCACGGUCGGCAUAAAGAGUCCUCUGUUCGAGAGGGGGCGGCUCUACGACCUCUACUCGGCCAGGCGGAACGAGCGGCUCGAGAGGAAGAUGGCGGAGUGCUCCGAAGCGGUGGCGGUAGUGACAGAGGACCCUGCCGUCGCAGUUGUGCUCGCCAAGAGGCUGCUCUCGAAAAAAGCUGAGUCCGCGAGGAAGUCGGUUCUGGGGCACUUCUCCGGGAGCCGUGGGAGUAGCUCCCGGUCAGCGGUGGGGAGCAGCAAGGAGAAGAGGAAAGCGGGCUCUUCCUUUGCUGAGUGCUCUGCCGCUCGCGGAAGAAAGCGAAACGGCUCUGGAUCAGUCCGCUGGUUGUGAGGUUUCCAAUUCUUGUAUUCAUCUUCGUUUUGAGAUUAUUGUACAAAUAGUAAAGUUCGCAACUCAGCAUGGGAAGCUAGAUUUGCAUA